AUGUCGAUCACACAUACCACCUAUUCAGAUGCCCCAGAAGGACAAGCCAAGGCCCUCGACGAUGGCAAGAUGGUCUCUGAAUAUCUCCCCGCCACUCCCAGUCCAUCGAUCCUCCUCUUGGGCGCCUGCGAGCAUGUCCUGACAUGCACCCCUCAGUCCUUUCGCUCGUGCUUGUCAGACCACGACCAAGAUCAAGACCAGGAGGUCCUCUCCGACCCCGAGGCGUCCAUGUCCACACUGUCGCCCAACACGUCCUCGUCCACUUCUGUUACCGCCCUCUCGCCCAACUCGAGCAGUACCUCCAAUUCCGACUUCUUCCAGACGCCUUCGCGCCUUUCCGGACAGUCGUUCUUGAGCAUCGAGUCGCACGAGAUCGACUUUGACAUCGACCUCUCCUCUGUGGAGAUUGGAUACGCAACGCAGGUCGACGUCGGACGGCAAACCCCGUCGUUCCAACAGGCGUGGGGCGCGGUCAAGCCGAGAACCAACCGCCGCCCCAGUGGCGGGGAUGACGGGUUGGCGGGGGCCACACGCACACUCAGCCUGCGGGGUGCAAAGAGCGUGCCCAGCUUGCGGAGACUGCGCAGUGUGCGUAGCCCGAGUCCCAUUCCGCUUUCCAGCCCCAGGCGCAGCGUAUCCCCAGUCGAGAUCCCAGAGAACGAACGUGGCAGUGACUCCGGUCGCGACAGUGUCGCAUCGACACUGCCCGCCUUGACGGCUGUACCGGAGAGUAGCAGGGCAAGCGACCUCCAGGAUAGGUUGGAAGCACGUCUCCGUGCAAUCGAGGCAAGCCUUGCGGGGCUGCAAGCUGCCCUAUCCCCCCUCACUAGAUUGAGCGGCAUCGAGGAGCAAAUCGACAAACUGGUGUCCACGGCCGCUUCUGCAGCCCAGACUGCCACCUUGGCACCCCCCGCGACCGAUCCACCGGGCUGGACAAUGCCGCGCCUGGGUCUCCCACACCAGACCACCGGCUCGUACGCGAGCCCAUACCCCUACCCCCCCUACCCCAGCACGGAUCCCAACGGCCUCGCCCUCCCUCACUUGUACAGCAUCCCUCUCGGACAUCCGGUCGGCCGCUCGCCGUCCCCCGGCCUGUCUCACAGCCAGAGUUCCACGGGCUACAACCACGCACCGGCGCCAGCAGCAUACCAUGGCCGCAGGUCAAGUUCCAACAGUAUCAGUAUCGGCUUUGGCUCCCACUCUCCAUACCCAGGCGCAACGACAAACGUCGAGCCGCAGCUCACCGCCCUGGAGCGCGAGCGCGCCCUCUUCCAGCGCGAGUCGGCAGUGAGGAGGCGCGAGGAGGCCGUGGACCGCCGCGAGAGGGCGUUUGCAGCCUAUGCCGCUGGCUAUGGCAGUCUCAAUGGCUCCCCCAACCUCGGUGUCUCGGGCGCGGCGGGAAUGUCUGCGCCGCCCUCGAUCCCCUCACGCCCCGGUUCGGCUCGCGGCAUGAUGUCGUUAUCGGCGUCGGCGUCGGCGUCGCGCGAAACGGUGCUUGAAGAAGUCAACGAGCCCGAUGUCUCGGGGCGCGCGGUGCGGUCCCACACCCACACGCAUGCGCAUUCCCACUCACUCUCCACGUCCAUCCUCCACGCACAGCCGCCGACACCGAGCCCAGCCCCGCACCCGCCAUUGAGGAACAGGUACUCGGGCUUGUUGGGCAUCACGCCACUGCUGUCACGCUCGCGUAACAACUUGAAGGACAAGGCGAAGGACUCGGCGCCUCGUCGGACCGGCGACGAGGAGCGCGAGGCGCAGUAG